AUGGUGAAACCGACGAGUGUUAAAGAUGUUGAUCAACAUGAAAUCGUACGUCAAAUUGCGGGUUUUUUGAAAAAAAGUGGUAAAGUAAGAGUACCAGAGUGGUCGGAUGUUGUUAAACUGGGCCAGAAUAAGGAAUUGGCACCGAUUGAUAGCGAUUGGUACUAUAUACGAACGGCGAGUAUUGCGCGUCGUUUAUACAUUCGUUCACCUACUGGUGUUGGUGCGCUGAGACGUGUAUAUGGUGGUAAUAAACGGCAUGGCGUAUCACCGAAUCAUUUUGUGAAGUCAUCCGGUUCAGUUAUACGUGAGGCUCUGCAAACAUUGGAGGCCAUUAAAUGGGUAGAAAAAGAUCCCGAUGGAAAGGGACGCAUACUGACUAAACAGGGCCGCAAAGAUUUGGAUCGUAUUGCAUCACAGCUGCGUCAGAAUACAAAGCAUUCAUUUGAAUCAUAA